GGGGGGGGAGGCAGGAAACCGGGCAUGAGAUCCUCCAGUCAUUUUGGAGAAAGGAAUUGUCAGCCUUUCAUUUCCUCCGCUGCUGCGCCUUUUAAAGAUUUGCGGGCUUGUGGUUUUUCAUUGUUCUUCCUGUCCCUGCGGGGCUGAGGAGCUGCACGGUUUUUCUGAAAGCUGGAAGAGAGAUAUUUUUCCUCCCUCUUCCAGGAUGGUAGCCUGUUCGAGCUUCAGGAGCGUGUUCGAAUAUGAAACGAACAAAGUUGUGCGUAUUUACAGCGUUUGGUACAGCAGCGUAAAGUGGGCAAUCCACUUUCUGGUUUUCCUGUAUGUUAGCAUCGUCCUGUUUGCCGAUCGGCGCUAUCAGAAGAAAGAUUCGGUCAUCAGCUCAGUGCACGCGAAGGUGAAGGGGGUGUCCCAGGCUGACGGAAGGCUUUGGGAUACAGCCGAAUACACCAUCCAUGGGCAGGGCGUGAAUUCCUUUUUUGUGCUGACGAAUAUCAUCAGGACCGAAAGCCAGGUUCAAGCGCUUUGCCCCGAGUUUCCCCUUGCCAAAGCGGUGUGUACUACCGACAGAAGCUGCACUAAAGGCCGAGUGGACCCGCAGGGUAACGGCAUCCAGACGGGGAAGUGUGUGAAAUAUAACAGCACCGUCAACACGUGCGAAGUCUCAGCUUGGUGUCCCGUGGAGUCGGCCAAAACCGCCCCAGCACCAGCCAUUCUUGACAGCGCUGAGAAUUUCACCGUGCUUAUCAAAAACAACAUCCACUUUCCAAAAUUUGACUAUACCAAAAAAAAUAUUCCCCUGGAAUUUAAUAUUUCCUGUACAUACCACAAGCACAGAGCUCCGCUUUGCCCCAUUUUUCGGCUGGGGGAUAUUCUUGAAGAGGCAGGAGAGAAGUUUUCAGAGAUGGCCAUUCAGGGAGGCAUCAUUGGCAUUGAAAUUAAUUGGGAUUGUAACCUAGACAAAUGGGGGUACCGUUGCAGCCCCAACUAUGGUUUCCGGCGCCUGGAUGACAAACGGACCAAUGAAGCCUUAUACCCUGGCUACAACUUCAGAUUUGCCAGGUAUUACAAGCAGCCAGGUGGAAAGGAGGAAAGGACCCUGAUCAAAGCUUACGGCAUCCGUUUUGACAUCCUCAUCUUUGGCACGGCCGGGAAGUUUGACAUCUUUGAGAUCGUGGUCUACAUUGGAUCAGUCCUCUCCUACUUCGGCGUGGCUCAGAUAGUUGUGGAUUGCCUGCUCACUGCUACAUGUUGCUGCUGCUGCAAACCUGAUCCGGUGAAGGAGUAUUAUCGCAAUAAGAAAUUCCAGGAGGUGCUGGGACCAAGACGUACUCUGUUCUACGUGACUUUUGUUGAUGAGCCUGGCAUCCUGAUGAUUGAGUUGUCCGAGACCAGUUUGCAGAACAUCAAGGGCAGGAUGAUUGACGUGAGUUUGGGAUCGCCUUUUUUAUCGGGGUGUGCACAGGUAUCGGCCAGGGUACCUGCCUAGGGAUUUGUGAGUAGAUUGAAAGCACCCAAGGCUCAAAGUCACAGUUUAGUAACACACUAAAAGCUUGGAUUGUCAUGGUGGUGUUUCUCUUCUCCAGUGGCCACAUUCACAUUAUAGAAUAGAACAG